AGCUUGAGCAGCAGCGGCGGCGGCGGUGGCGGCGGCGGCAUCAGGGACGGCGGCGGCGGUGGCCACCGCGGCGUUUGAGUGGAGGAAGAUGGCGGCUCCGGGCGGCCCCGGGUCCCGCCAGCUGUGAAGAUUCCCCGAGCACGGCAAGCACCGGUCUGAGGCAGAGCGGCCGUGCUCUGGCCCUGGCUCUGGCUCCUUCGCCAUCGUCGCCGGAGACGCGAAGCCGAGAGCGCGGAGCGGGCUGGGCCAGCUUCAAGUGGGAUGUCAUGGCCAGCUCCUCUGACAGUGAAGAUGACAGUUUCAUGGCUGUGGACCAAGAAGAAACUGUACUGGGAGGGACAAUGGAGCAAGAUGAAGAACCCCACCCAGUGUUGGAAGUUGAAGAGACAAGACAUAAUAGGUCCAUGUCUGAGCUGCCAGAAGAGGUUUUGGAGUAUAUCCUGUCCUUCCUUUCACCAUACCAGGAACACAAAACUGCAGCUCUGGUCUGCAAACAGUGGUAUCGGCUUAUCAAAGGUGUAGCUCACCAGUGUUACCAUGGUUUCAUGAAGGCUGUCCAGGAAGGAAACAUCCAGUGGGAGAGCAGGACUUACCCUUAUCCCGGAACGCCCAUCACUCAACGGUUCUCCCACAGUGCGUGCUAUUACGAUGCCAAUCAGUCUAUGUACGUCUUUGGAGGCUGCACCCAGAGCAGUUGCAAUGCUGCCUUCAAUGACCUCUGGAGGCUCGACCUAAAUAGCAAAGAGUGGAUUCGCCCAUUGGCCUCAGGGUCCUAUCCUUCCCCCAAAGCUGGAGCCACACUAGUCGUGUAUAAGGACUUGCUAGUGCUAUUUGGUGGCUGGACAAGGCCAAGUCCCUAUCCCUUACACCAACCAGAGAGAUUCUUUGAUGAAAUCCACACAUACUCACCAUCUAAAAAUUGGUGGAACUGCAUUGUCACCACCCAUGGGCCUCCUCCCAUGGCUGGCCAUUCCUCCUGUGUGAUAGGUGACAAAAUGAUUGUCUUUGGUGGCUCUCUAGGAUCCCGGCAAAUGAGCAAUGAAGUCUGGGUCCUUGACCUGGAGCAGUGGGCGUGGUCCAAGCCGAACAUCUCUGGCCCCAGUCCUCAUCCACGAGGUGGCCAGUCCCAGAUUGUUAUAGAUGAUGCAACUAUCCUAAUCCUUGGCGGUUGUGGCGGUCCCAAUGCUCUGUUCAAAGAUGCUUGGCUGCUGCACAUGCACCCAGGUCCCUGGGCCUGGCAGCCACUCAAGGUAGAAAAUGAAGACCAUGGUGCCCCAGAACUGUGGUGCCAUCCAGCCUGCCGGGUGGGACAGUGUGUGGUGGUCUUCAGCCAGGCUCCCAGCGGGAGAGCGCCACUCAGCCCCAGUUUGAACUCUCGCCCGUCACCUAUCAGUGCUACUCCUCCAGCCCUGGUUCCCGAAACCCGAGAAUACCGCUCCCAGUCCCCAGUGAGGAGUAUGGAUGAAGCUCCUUGUGUUAAUGGCCGCUGGGGAACACUGAGGCCCAGGGCUCAAAGGCAGACUCCCUCGGGUUCCCGGGAAGGGAGCCUCUCCCCAGCCAGGGGAGAUGGCUCUCCCAUCCUCAACGGUGGAACCUUGUCUCCAGGAACAGCCGCUGUCGGGGGUGCUUCCUUAGACAGCCCUGUACAAGUGGUAUCUCCAGGCACCCCAUCUGCCUCUGAAGGAUAUGACCUAAAGAUGGGACUUUCUCUAGCCCCCCGACGAGGGUCUCUGCCAGAUCAGAAGGACCUGAGGUUAAGUUCCAUUGAUCUGAAUUGGGACCUGAAGUCCGCUUCCAAUAGCAGUCAUGUGGAUGGUCCCGACAGCAGGACAGUUGCGGGGAGUGUGAGACACCCUCCAGAACAGACCAAUGGUGUUCACACCCCUCCGCAUGUGGCCAGCGCCCUUGCAGGGGCUGUAUCCCCCAGUGCCCUGCGUCGCAGUUUGGAAGCCAUCAAAGCGAUGUCAUCCAAAGGCCCCUCAGCCUCGGCCGCACUAAGUCCUCCUCUUGGGUCUUCUCCAAGCUCCCCUGGGAGUCAGAACCUGAGCAGUGGAGAAACAGUACCCAUUCCCCGCCCAGGACCAGCCCAGGGAGAUGGUCAUUCCUUACCCCCCAUUGCCCGACGCCUGGGCCACCACCCUCCACAAUCCCUCAAUGUUGGCAAACCCUUGUACCAGAGUAUGAACUGCAAGCCCAUGCAGAUGUAUGUGCUGGACAUUAAAGACACCAAGGAGAAAGGCCGGGUCAAAUGGAAAGUCUUUACUAGCAGUUCUGUGGUCGGACCUCCCGAAACCAGCCUGCACACAGUGGUACAGGGCCGAGGAGAGCUUAUCAUAUUUGGAGGGCUCAUGGACAAGAAGCAGAAUGUGAAGUACUAUCCAAAAACAAACGCCUUGUACUUUGUGCGAGCAAAGAGAUAAUGUGUUCAAAGUCCUUUCCUUUCUGUGGCUUUUCAUUUGGAAUUUCCAGUGUACAAGCGUUUGGACUGAGACUUGGGAAAACAACAUGCUCCCACAAACCAAAACUCCAAUUCCACGCCUAACUCACUCCAGGCUGGGGUCAAAUCUCCAUUAAGGAAAAGAUUAUAUAUAAAUAUAUACAGAUAUAUUCUAUAGCCAACUCUGUUUACAAAUAAAGGUGAGAUCUCCGCCGUCCUGGUUCA